UAAACAUGCAGACUGCUUCUACAAACAUUUGUAAAAGGUUGGGUCGCUCUCAGGAGCUCUGUGAAUGCAAGCGUGGUACCGUGAAAGGUUGCCCCCUGUGCAAUAAGUCCAUAUGUGAAAUUUCCUGGCUAUUAAAUAUUCCACAGUCAAAUGUUAGUGGAAUUAUAACAAAGUUGAAGCAACUGGGAAACAACAACAACAUAGCAGGCCAUACUGGACUCUGGAGCAGUGGAGACGUGUUCUCUGGAGUGACCAAUCAUACUUCUCUGUCUGGCAAUCCAAUGGAUGUGUCUGGUUUUCAUGGUUGCCAGGAGAAAAGUCCUUGCUUGACUGCAUUGUGCCAAGUGUAA